AAUAGUGCUUUGUCUUCCCAGCAUGCUCUCUCUGGUAAUGCAAGGAUAAUGCCUUUUGAUCCAAAAGUGACAUCCAAACAAGAAUGCAUCAUCACAACGUUUCAGGACGUCUACUUUGUGUCUGACAGCUUCGAGGAGGCUAAAGUCAAGAUGAGAGAGUUCGCCAAGACCAUCAAGCGCCCCUUCACAGUUCGAUACAACCCCUACACCCAGAGCGUGGACGUGCUCAAAGACACUCUGAGCAUCAACAGCGUGGUGGAGGAGCUCCGACACGAGCUCGACAUCGUGGGUGAUGCUCUGAGUCGACUCAACAAGCAUCUGGGCGUCUGACCGCCCACACUUCAGCUGCAGUUAGCCUCCCACAGCCCAUCCGUGCACGCCGCGUCCCCCCCAGCACCGCUGUAGAGAUGCUUGUGUAUCGUUUCCUGUCAGUUCAAUGAAUCAAAAUCUUCUGCUGUCUUCAGUGUAAGAUAUACAUGAAUUCAGUGUGUGUAGACUUCAGUAUCAGUACACCUCUCAAACCCAAAGAGCUGCUUGAUCCGAGACACGAUUUUGCUUCCACUGUACUUGGAUUGUGCUUUGAUUUCUGACUGCAGCCGUCGUGCUUUCAUGGUUCUUCAGUGCACUCUUAAAAACCCCAGCUGUUACAAACUCUUCCCAAAGCUGUCACUGCUGCUGUUGUGCAUGACAUUGUGAUACUUUUUUGUUACUGAUUAAAAAUGUCUUCUCUUGUACGUUUCUUCAUAUAUCUAUAUAUAUCAUGUACCUUGCUAUUUUUUGUCUUGGUGUUGGUACUUUUGUUCUCUUCUUUGUGCUGUCUAAGGAAAUCGUGAAAGUGAAACCUUUAACCGCUGUUAGAAAAAUUCUUUCAUGACUGAUUGUGACAGAGCCGGCCCAUUAAGCAAUUAACUUAGUUCAUAAUGGCUCCUUAUGAAACUAUGAAUAUGAUUGCACUCUGUAUUCCAAAUAAUUAU